AUGCCUCAUUUCAAGGAAGACUAUCUCCCGGUUCGGCAUGACUCUGACUCAAUAGGAGAGGUUCCUUCUUGCGACACGGAAGCCUUGCUUUUGCAAUCGAAAGAGCGAUACAGAAGAUGGAAGUAUACUCUUCAAAUCCUCACUGGCAUUUGCGUGGCCUUGUACAUAAUAUUGCUAUUCGGAAUAUUCUUUCUUUUCAAAAACCCACAGGUGGUCAUUACCGAUCAACGAUGUGCUCGCCAACUCUCGAUCACAGGACCGGGUCUCGAUUCAGUUGAGUAUGAAACGAUCAUGUUCAAAGGUGCUCAGGAGGGCGACAAUCCAUACAAGGGCCACCCAGGUCCUGAUCUGGAUGCUGCCUGGAGCCAACUGACAGAAGUUCGACAUGUUUCCGUCAGCCCGGAGAUCAUGGUAUCGAUUAACAAAUCCAACAACAACGCGGUGCAGCUGGCGGACGGAACAUAUUUCGGUGCAACGGAGGUAUUCCAUCAACUACAUUGUUUGAAUCUGAUCCGCCAGCAUUCGUAUAAAGAAUAUUACGACGUCGAUGGAAGAAGACCACCAGGUCUUACAGACAGCUCAGCUACUCUCCGCAAGCACCUAGAUCACUGUAUCGAUAUCCUGAGACAAAACAUCAUGUGCAACGGGGAUACCAGCGUGAUAACGCACAACUGGGUCCAGGGAUACGAAUUCCCAUAUCCGAAUUUCAACACGAAGCACAAAUGUCGAAGAUUCGAGAAGAUUGUUGAAUGGGAAAAGGACCAUCAGGUAUGCUAG